GAUUAGGAUCGCUGGUAUAUCAAACAUUGGCCACAUGAUAAUUGGUGUCAUAUGUCAAGAACCAAAUAUUUUUGUGGCAUUUGAUGAUACUGUUGAUGACGGAGCAGCAAAUAUAUUCUCUAUGGGAAGAAAGUCACAUGCCAUUAUCAAUUUAGAGGAUGAAUUCUCAAUUGGAUCAUUUCAUGCUAUGAAAAAAGGAAGACUCCAAAUUUUGGAGGGUACUUCUUUGAAUACAUUUGAACUUCAGGGAGAAUUGUGGCCUAUUAUCUAUGCUUUUGAGGAAGUCCAGGGAAGUUAUAACGAUUUGUUUUGCUUUAGUUCCAAAUCUUGUACUUCAACUCCCAAAAUUGAAGCAAUAAUAUCCGAGCAAUAAUA